UAGUCAAGCCAACUUGCGUGGAAGGGGAUAAGCGAGGUUCUUGUGUUGAAGCAGAGGAGAGAGGAUGCUCAUGUUGCGGGCCGCCACCGCGAGGGCGGCGUCCACGGUCGCCGCCGGCGCCAGGAGGAGACCCGGCCUCCUGCCCGUCGCCGUCGCCGGCCUCUCGUCCUCCUCGUCAGGACCACCACCAUCGGGUGGGAAGAGGAGGAAGGGCCAGCGGCGGGGCGAGGCCAAGCCCCAGCCCUCUGAGAUCGCCAGCAACAAGAAGGCCAACGCGAGGCCGGCCAGGGACAGGAAGGCUCGCCCGGUGGAGGAAGAAGAGGCGCAAGGGCCAUCGGGUCAGGGCCAGGAGAUUGAGCUGAGGAAGCAGCCGCCGGCCGGGGAGAAGCCGAAGCGGGUGGUGCGGUGGCGGUGCGCGACGGGGUGCGGCGCGUGCUGCAAGCUCGACAAGGGCCCCGAGUUCCCCACCCCCGACGAGGUCUUCGCCGACUACCCCGACCACCUCCAGCUGUACAAGAGCAUGAUUGGCCCUGAUGGAUGGUGCACCAACUACGACAAGUCCAACAGAACCUGCAACAUCUACCAAGACCGGCCAUUCUUCUGCAGGGUCGAACCGAAGGUUUUCGAAGACUUCUUUGGCGUGCCGCGCAACAAAUUCGACAGGGAAGCCUGCAGUGCUUGUGUGGAUAACAUCAAGAUGGUGUAUGGUCAGGACUCUCCUGAGCUUGGAAACUUCAAGCGGGUCAUAAGGGAGGAAAGUAGUAAGCACGAGGCAAGCAUGAACCAAGUUAAAUUGUUGGAUACCGCAAAUACCGGUACCUGAUUGAUUGCGGAGUUUAGAGUACAUCACUCACCCAAGCAGUUGAAAACCGCAACACAAAUACUGGUACCUAAUUCUCACCUAUGAACGAGUCUACGUUUAAGUGUAAAAUCCUGUUCUGCUCAGGGUUGGGUUUGUUCUUUGUUUAGAAUCCUGUUCUGCUCAGAGUCAGGUUUGUUCUUUGCUGCUGCUGUGCUGUCAAAUUCUGAUGGUAACAGCCUAGUGUACGUCAUUCUAAGUUUGGUUCUGAAUGAUUACAUCUUUUGGCUCUUUCUUUUAAA